AUGGAAUCACAUGAACUACUAACCCCACUACAAGAAAAAUCACCAAAUAAAAUGAAUAGAUCACCACCUAAUAGAAGAUCAUCAUUAGGUUUCGAAAUAGUUAGUAUACCAACAUCAACAAAUUUCGAAACCAAAAUCCCACAACCUCCACAACAACAAGAAAGUUUCCAAUCAAGAAUUUUAUCAAUGCAACAAAGAUUAGCAAGAAAACCGCCACCAUCAACUUCAUACCAAGUAUCAUCAUACCAACAUCCAAAUUUUACAACAGAAUUACAAAAUACAAUAUAUAACAUAACUGAAGAAAUCUCGAAAAAGCAAGAACAAAUAGAUCAUUACGAUAUUGAAUUAAAUAAAUUACGUCAAAUUCAUAGAAAUUAUCAAAAAAAAGUAUCAGAUAUAAAUUCAGAAUUUAUAAAUUUUCAAGCACAAUUUGAUUAUUUUAGUGAAGAAAUUAUAAAAUCAGUUGAAAAUGAAGAAAAACUUAUAGAAAUUAAAUUAAAAGAAAAUCAAUCAAAAUUAGAUAAUCAAUUUAAAGAAAUUGAAUUUGAAAUGUUAAAUGAAUUAAAUGAAGUUAAAAAUUUUGAUUAUUUUGGAUUAAUUACAAAAUUUGAAUCUUUAGAAAAAUUGGAAAAUGAUUUAAGUUUAGAGGUUCAAAAAAAGCAGUUCAAAGUAAAUGAGGAAAUUGAAGUUGAAACUACUUGUAUCAAGAAUGAUUAUGAGAAGAAAGUAAUAAGUUUAAAAGAAGAACUUACAAAGAGUGAUGAAAUACUACAUCAAAAACAAGUUGAAUUUGAUUCCUUAAACAACUCAUUUCAAAAGGAAUUAGAUGACCUAGACGUAUACAACUCCAAAAUAGAAUCAACAAAACAACAAAUCACAACAAUAGAACAGUCGAUGACAAAUUUCCAUGAAGUCAAAAAUAAUAUGAUAAUAAAUAUAAAUCAAUUAGAUCAAGAACUCAAUAUCAAGUCCCAGCAAUCAAACCUAGAACAAAAAGAAUACGAUGAAAUCCAAUCAGAAUAUCAAAACCUACAUUCAAAAAUUCAAAAACAUGAUGAACAUAGAAGAAUUUUAGAAAAUUCAAUAAUGGAUUAUGAAAAUAAAAUUAGAAUUUAUGGAAUUUCAAAUCAAGAAGAACCAAUAGAUAAAAUCACUAAAAUUUUCAAAUAUGAUACUCCUUCAUCUUUUAUAAUUGAUGAAUUUUUAUUAUUUGUUGCUAAUGUUUUCAAAGGUAUAAAUGUAUCUAUACUUACUCAGUUUAUAUCAGGUAAAUCAAUAAUCUUACAAUCUUUACAAGGUUUAGUUCACCAAAAUAUUAAAUUAGAGUAUCAAUGUAUUAAUGAAACUAAUGACUUAUUGACUAACUCAAGUUUACCAAAAGAUUCACUAUUUAGUAGUCAAAGGAUGAUUAUUGAUGACAUAACUCAAUUUGAACUGAUUAUUAAUGGUAUAGAAUCCACUGGUUUGGUAAUUCAUAUACUUACAAUUAAUGGAACAAGAAAUAGUAAAUCAUUCGAAAGUAAAUUGGUGGUAUUAGAUACAAGUCAACUAGAUGCUAAUUCUCAAAUCAGUAUACUAAACAAAUUAGCAUCGAACAAUUUCAAGAUAGGAUCCUCAUUAGAUCAAUUAAUUCAAUGGAUCUCAAUUAAGAGUAAGAAACUAAUAAUUUCAGAACUACAAAACCAAGAUAUUUUAAAUGCAUUAAAAUCAUUGAAUUGA